GGGCCCGGAGGUGCGGGCGGCGGCGGGGCCGCGGCCGGAGCGCGGCGCAGGGAACGCGGGGAAGGCGGGCUCGGCUGCCCCUCUCGCCCCGCUGGGGGUCAGUACGGCUCAGCGAGCGAGGAGCGGCGGAGGGGCCAUCCGUCAGCCCGGGCCCGGUGCUGCCAGGCCGCUCCCCGGGCCCGCCGCUGUCAGCGCCGCCGUCAGCGCCGCCGUUCCCGUUCGGCCUCCGGCCGCGGACCGGCCGUUGCUGCCCCGGCAGCUGCCCCGCUCGGAGCGCGUUUCUCACGGCCGGGCCCCCCGGGGUCGCGGGGGCAGCCGGGCGGGACGCGCUCCCCGGGCUGGCGAGCGGCGGCCUCGGGGCUCCGGCCCCGGCGUCUCAUCCGGCCCGACCCGGCCUGCUGAAAUAAAAGUUUAGGGGAAUGGAGGGGAAAAAACUUAUUUCUGCAACAGACACACAAUAUUCUAGCGUGCUCCUUCAGUCUUUGAAUGAACAACGUGGCCAUGGACUUUUUUGUGAUGUUACAGUCAUUGUGGAGGACCGGAAAUUUCGAGCUCACAGAAACAUCCUUUCAGCCUCAAGCACGUAUUUUCACCAGCUUUUCUCAGUGGCUGGUCAAGUGGUUGAACUGAGCUUUGUAAGAGCAGAAAUUUUUGCAGAAAUUCUUAAUUAUAUUUAUAGUUCCAAAAUAAUCAGUGUCCGAUCUGAUUUACUUGAUGAACUGAUUAAAUCAGGGCAGGAGCUGGGUGUUAAGUUCAUAGCUGAUCUGGGCAUACCUCCGGCUGAAGGCAAGAAUGUGCCAAGCGAAGUCAAAGACAGUGCUUCAGUAACUUCAGCUUCUAGUCCAAAUCAAAGAGAUGCUGAAACACAGGUGACUGUAAUCAGGCCAGAGGGUCAAGAGGCAGCAGAUGGGAUGCCAGUUAUAACACAGUCAUUCUCCUUACAUGGCAUAGAAUAUGAGACUACAAAAAUUACAGUGAGCAAUUCGGAUGAGGAGGAUGAUGAUGUAAUUUUUUGUUCUGAGAUUGUUCCUCCAAAAGAAUGUACUAAAGACAAAAAUGCUGCAAGCCAGAACCAGCCUUGCUUAAGUCCAGGUGGAGCUUCUGACCAAAAAUCCUGUGGCAGUGGUGGCUCUCCCCAUUUGAUGAACAGCACAGCAGCUCAGAACCUCACUUUGUCUGCCACUCAGCUAAGCCCAAGCCAAACACAGUCAGGUGCUGAAUCAUUCGUCUCGGCAACGCCGCAGCAUUUUACUCCUAAUAUCAUUGUGCUAAACAAGCCUCUGCUUAACUCAUCGCUUGGUGCCAGCUCCUUGCAUCAAACACAUGUGACUCCUACAAUUAAUUUACUUGAGGAGAACCAGCAGCCAUCCAAUAAUGGCUCUGUAACUGAAGUGGAAGCAACUGCUGUUGAUGAUGAAGAGGUUGUUGAAGAUGAUAUCAUUAGCUCCUCUAGUCCUGGUUUGGUCAGCAGCAGCUCUUUGGUUCAGCAAUCUUCUGUUCCUAAGGCAGGGAGCACUGAAGGAUCAGGUGUACAGAAAAAACAGGUUGUUACAUUUUCACAAGAGCCAUCUACUAAAGCUGGAGAAUUUAAAAUAAAAAUCUCAGAUGUCCUUUCUGGAAACCACAAGGAAUUAAGUUCGAAUCUAACAUCAAAGAAUGUGGCAGAUGGGCAGAAAAUCAUAACAUUAGAUACAGCAACUGAAAUAGGAGGCUUAUCCACAGGCUGUAAGGUGUAUGCAAAUAUCGGUGAGGAUACCUACGACAUAGUCAUCCCUGUGAAGGGUGACUCUGAGGAAGGGGAAGCCAAACCUGAUGACACACCCAAAAAGUCUGGCGAUGAAUCUCCAAAGGGGAAACGCAUGAAAGUAAAGCAUGACGACCACUACGAGCUCAUAGUGGACGGCAGAGUCUACUACAUCUGCAUCGUGUGCAAGAGGUCGUACGCGUGCCUGACGAGCUUGCGGAGACAUUUCAACGUGCACUCCUGGGAGAAGAAGUACCCGUGUCACUACUGUGACAAAGUCUUUGCUCUGGCAGAGUAUCGCACCAAGCACGAACUUCACCACACCGGGGAGCGAAGGUACCAGUGCUUGACGUGCGGCAAAUCUUUCAUCAACUACCAAAUCACCAUCUCGCACAUCAGAUCCGUUCACAGCCAGGACCCCUCUGGGGACACCAAGCUGUACCGGCUGCACCCCUGCAGGUCCCUGCAGAUCCGGCAGUACGCCUACAUCAGUGACCGCCCCAGCAGCGUCCCAGGCAUGAACCAGGGGGGAGUUGUCUAUCGGGUUGGCUCAGGGAAGGAUGGCACUGAGGGAACAACAUCCAACUCUCCGGCCAAACAAAUCACCUGGGAUGACAUUUUCGUUCCGCAGGGAAAUGAAACAAUUUUUAAACAAAACCCGUCAGAGGGAAGUACUGAAUUUGAGUUUGUGAUACCAGAAUCUUACUGAAAUGUUUGAAAUGCUGGAAAAAAGGGUUCAGUGCAGGAGCAUUGAAGCUGUUUGAACUGUUGAAAUUGCUGUAAAAUCAAAGGUUAAAGUCAAAAGAAGUUAACUUGUUCUACCAAGUAACCAAAUGGUAACACUGAGAUGGACCAUGUUAACUGCAGUGAUUUGUGGAAGCAAUUAAUCAGAAAAUUUACUUGAAUAGAGAGUGAGACAUUCUAAGGCACUAUCAGAGUUUUCAGAUAUGUUAAAUUUCAUCGAAACAUGAGGAUUUGUGGCUUGAAAAUAUACAAUUCCUUCUAAAGAGCUAUAAAUAUUUCUAAACUGAGGUGUUUCCUGUACCCAUACUUACCAUGUAAACCCUUUCUUUCAUGUUAGCACUUUAAUGCUGAAUUCUGUUUAGAUGUUAACCAAGAAAACAGUAAGAUUUUUUCAUCAUAGUCUCUUGGUCAUGGAACCAUUUAAAAAAACAAUCCCACAACUCACAUUUUUGAACAAGGGGCCAAAAUACAUGAUCCCCUACUACACUGGAGUAGUCUGUUUUUGAGCUAGCAUCCUAAUUCUGCUUUUAUAAAUAUUAUGAAUCAUCUGUCUUCAUGCAAAAAGUCUUGUCAACAAGCAAUACUCAGUUAGGGCUAACUUGAACAAACUUUACUUACACUUGGCAGUGUGGUAAGCUAAGUAUUCAGUGUCCUGGACCUUGUUAUUUUAGUCUUUUUGCAAUGGGAAGAAACCAAACCCUACAAAGCUGAAUAGUGAAGAAGCAUAGAACACUUAGGAAGGAGAUAAUUUUACCUUCUUACAGCUUGAGAAAUAUUGUUGCAUUUUCUUACUGCUGAAAAAAAAUGCCAGUAAUUAGUUUGACAUAAAGUGCUGUUCCUUUUUUUUUUUCCACUUCAAGAAGAAGGGCUUCAGUCCAGAAUUUUGAAAUUAUAAGAAUAUUAUUUGUUUUUAGCUGAAGACUUCUCAAAACUAUGAAUUCAUGUAAGUGCUGUAUUGGUUUAGCACUGAGACUGCUGAAGAUCCUGUAUGCCUGUUUGGCUGGAUCUUUAAGUGUAACAGGGAUUUGGAUUUCACCCCACACUUGCCCCCAUUUAUACAUUUUGGAAGAUGAGGACUAAACCAACAACCAGAAAAUACCCUUUAUUCACCAUGACCCAAAGUAUAAUUUCUUUGCAAUUGUCGAGUUGUCACCUGUUUCCAGGUUUGGGUUUAUUUAAUGUUGCCAUUUUACUCUCAUUUGGUGCCUGUUUUAACAGUUUAAAGAUUAAUUAGAUGUCCAACUUGAUCAGGAAAUGGUAGAGAAAAACAGCUGUUUGCUGGAGUCCUAGUUUAGCAUUUCAGAGUUAGUGACUUGUUGAAUUUUUGUAAAUGGUAAUAUGAAAACUCCUCAAGUUCUAGAGUUGACUGGGAAAGACUAUUGUGCAUAGUACUAGUUAUGGAAACCUUUAAUUGCUUAAAUUGCAGUUACAGGCUUCUCUUUUCUUUUUAAUGUUUUAUGUUAUCUUGAUUUUAUGACUCUCAAAGUUAAAGAUUUUAGACAUACAGUACUCUUCACAGAAAGGCACUUAAAUGGUAAACAGUUCAAAUAUAAGUUGAGCUACAAAAACGAUCCCAGAAAUCUGUGUGAGCAGUGAUGGGAGGUGGAUUUGUUUACGUGGUGCAUGUGAUGCUCAGCACUUCUCCUUUGUCAGCCAAGAACAUGAUAUACCUGAUUAUUUCCAGAUCAUAUUGCUGACCCCUUUGAAUACAAAGGGUCAUGCUUUAAAUGUGGGAUGUAACUGAGGUGGCAUUUCUGCUGUCACACAUAAUCCUCAUGGGGUGUGAGUGUGGAUUGCCUGUGUUGCACAGUUGGCUGGUGCUGUGGUGGGACUUCCUCAGCUUUGAGACAAAUGCAAUGUUAUUUUUGUUAUUGACAUGACACAUGUUUAAUCACAGAAUAGUCUUGAGCUGGAAGGGACCCACAAGGAUCAUUGAGCCCAACUCUUAAGUUAAUGGCCUGUGUUGGGAUCUGGAAUUAAGCAUACAUUACAGAGUGCAGAAUUAAACAUAAUGGCUAUCACUAUUUGCUGCUGAUAUAUUUAAAACCUUAAAUUAAACUGUGCCUAGUAAAGGUCUCUUUUUAGAGGAAAACUGGAAAAUUAGGGCUUUGUAACUAUUUUUGCUAGAAGACUCGUGCUUGCAUGUGUCUCAGGGUCUUCAGUUUUCCUUGGAAGUGAUUUUGAUAUCCAAAGUCCAGAGGUAUGUAAAGCAUUUUUUUAAUUUCACUUCCAGUAUUUAUUGGUUUGGAAACAUGUUAAAUCCAUUCUUUGAAAACUUUUUAUGGGGCCAUGAGUAAGCUUUUAUAUUUAGAUUUCUGGCUAUUGCACUUACAUUUGUGUUUUUGUUUGUUUUUGUAAGCAUUUAACUUCCAGUUUAACUUAAUGAAAAAACUUAUGUAAAUAUUAAGAAAUUGGCUUUGGGAUGAUGGAAAAAAGAGGUUGAAUCUGACAAGCAUUUAUAUAGAAAUGAAAAGUUUCAACAGACUAAGGUAGCAAACCUCACAGUCAUUUAUUAUGCCUAUAAAACCAUUUACAGAUCUGCUGCAGAAUAUGGUAAUGGUGGCUGCAUCCUCACUGCCUGGUUUCUUUGGGGAUACAUACCAUAACAUUCCACUCUGUGAACUAAACGAAUAUUGAAUAACAUCUACUGCUUAUUUAUUUUGUUCUGUUAAGGCAUGCAGCUUAUAAAAAGAUGCAGAAGCUGACAACUAUAUACAUUGAAUUCUGAGAUCUACAGCUAUUGCCUAGGAAAUGUUCCAUGUGAACAUUCCUUGGUUUUCCCCAGUCUGUGAUGUAUAUAGUUGUACAGUCUUUCCUUAACAUACUUUUUAAAGUUGUGUUCUACUUUUCAUUAAUCAACACGUGGUAUUAGUUUUUAGAGCUUUCUAUGGCAAAAAUAAAAAAGUUUAAUUCUCCA